AUGGGAGGGUCAUCAAAACAAAAAUACUACGCUGUGGCGGUUGGCCGCACUGUAGGCAUUUUCAACACGUGGGGUGAGUGUGAGGCGCAGGUCUCAGGCUUCCCACAUGCCCGCUUUAAAUCCUUUUCAACAGAGGAAGAUGCGCAGAAGUUUAUGGAUGAGAAUAAGGGAAUAGUGAAUAAGCGGGUGGUGGUUUUACCGGAUACAGUAAACCCGUCAAUGGUGGAUGAUGUACCGGCGGCGUGUACACAUACUUCUCAAAAAGAUGUAUGCCCACCGCGAACACAUACACAUGCAGAGAAGCGAAGCCGAGAAGAAAGUCACCAUGACAUGAAUAACAACACGAGUAACAGUAACAGUAAGAAUAGCGAUAAUAAGAACAACAGCAACAACAACAGCAACAACAACAACAACAGUGAGGGGCCAUUGCCAUUGAUUGAGGAUGGAAUAUCCAUCGAAUGGAUGCGUGCACGAGAAGAAGAGGCGGUGAAAGUGUAUGUGGACGGUGCGUGUCGUAGUAACGGCAAGACGGAACCCGGACGAGCACGUGGUGGAUACGGUGGUUACUACGUACCAAGAACAACCGGAGGAAAUAAUAAUAAUAGUGAUAAUAAUAAUAAUAAUAAUAAUAGUGAUCUGGAUACUCUCCUGUGCAAUUUCUCCUUACCGUUGCCGGAUCACGAGCCGCAAACAAACAACCGCGCGGAGUUGUACGCUGUCAUUCACGUUUUGCAGACCGCCCUGCAGGCCCGGCGUUGUUACAAUCUGCAUGUCUAUAGUGACAGCACAUAUGUGAUACGCGGGGCGAAUAUCUUCAUGCCAUUUUGGCUCAAACGUAAAUUUACAACGAUCAGUGGCUCACCGGUGUUGAACAGUGAUCUCUGGCGUAGACUGCAGGCACUGCGCACACAACACGAGGAACGCUACGCCGCCCGAUUGACGAUGGAGUUUGGUUUAAUGCACACAACAGCCAUGCGAGCCGCACGACGAUUGGCAUUGCGGUUUGAACAUGUGCGGGGCCACAGCGGUGUGCAUGGGAAUGUGAUGGCAGACCGUUUGGCGGUGAAUGGGGCUCUGCGGGGAAUCCGGCGCUAA